CGCCCAUGUCUCGUCAAAAACGCACAUGGGGACUGUUGUCAAAUUGUAAACACGAGUGGAUUUUCUUCAAUUUUCGUUCGUUCCAGUUGGAAAAUGAACUCUUUUUCCGAACUUGGUCUGAAGGAGUGGAUCGUGAAGCAGUGCCAGAAGGUUGGCAUCGAAAACGCGACGCCCAUUCAGCGAGAAUGCGUGCCUCAAAUCCUGGCCGGCAAGGACUGCAUUGGGUGUGCAAAAACAGGCAGCGGAAAAACCCUGGCCUUCGCCCUGCCCAUUCUGCAAAAGCUCAGCGAGGACCCUUACGGAAUCUUCGCUCUUGUCCUCACACCCACCAGAGAACUUGCGUUCCAGAUUGCUGACCAGUUUCAAAUCAUGGGCAAACCAAUCGGUUUGAGGCAGACCGUCAUCGUUGGAGGCAUGGACAUGGUCCAGCAAGGAAUGGACCUGUCCCGGAAACCUCACAUCGUUAUUUCCACCCCGGGAAGGCUUUACGACCAUUUGGGCAGUUGUGUGACGUUUUCCCUCAAGAAAAUAAAAUUCCUGGUCAUUGAUGAGGCCGACAGAACCCUCGGAGGUGACUUCGAUGAACAGCUGAAAAGAAUUUUUGAUGCUUUGCCGGAACAAAGACAGAAUUUGCUGUUCAGUGCGACCAUGACUGAUAGUUUGUCCAAAGUUAGACAAGUUGCAAAAAAAGAGAUGUUUUUGCAUGAAACAAAAAGCGAGGUUGCAACUGUGGAAGAACUGAAGCAGCACUACGUUUUGUGUCCUGGUGCCGUCAAGGAUGGCUAUUUAGUACAGAUUAUCAGAAAGUUCAAAGAGAGUCACCCGAGAGGGUCCAUCAUGGUCUUUACCAACACUUGCAAAAAUUGUCAGCUUUUGAGUAUGACUUUGAAAGAAGUGGGUUAUGAUAAUGUCUGUCUCCACGGAAUGAUAUCACAAAAGUUGCGACUUGUUGCUCUCAACAAAUUUAAAUCCAACAAUGUUAAAAUUUUAAUAGCCACAGACGUAGCCAGCAGAGGUCUUGACAUUCCUGAAGUUCAACUUGUGAUCAACCACUCAGUUCCAACUGUGCCAAAAGAAUAUGUGCACAGGGUUGGCAGAACGGCCCGAGCUGGUAGAGGAGGAGACGCUGUAACUUUGGUCACCCCCAAUGAUAUCAAGCUGAUCCAAGCCAUUGAAGAGUUGAUCAACACAAAGUUGACAGAAUACAAAACAGAUGAAAAGGAGGUGUCCAAGAUUUUCACUCAAGUUUCUGUCACAAGAAGAGAGGCUGAGAUUAAGUUGGAUGAGACGGAUUUCUUUGAAAAGAAGGAGUUGAACAAACGGAAACAAUUCAUGAUGGAGGGCAAAGAUCCUGAUGAGGAGAUGGAGAAGAAAAGCAAGUAUAAGAAAAAGUUGCGAAGGCAGAAGAUAAAGGCGGCAAUCAAAGCUCGAACUGAGAGGAAAAAGUUACGAGAGCAAGAAAAACCUGCCAGCUCUGUUGCAGAUUCAUGAUAAAUAAAUUCUUAUGAGACUGUUGAAAUUUUUAAAAGCAUUGAUUUUAAUUCAGGGGAGAGUUUUUUAAUCUGUAGUUUCUAUUAAGCUCGCUAUCUUUUUAUCAUGAUCAAAAAGGGGGUAUCCUGACAGUUUAUAAAAUAGAUUUGGCUGGCUCUAUUGUUACAUUUGAAUCUGUUGGAUGCUCUUACUAAAUUAAAAUUUCUGGCAAAUUCUUA